AUGCGGUCGCAAACCACGAAAACGGUUGCAAAGAAGGGAGCUUCAAAUAAGACAUCAUUUAAAACGAAACCCGUAAAAAAGAGAACAAAAAAGAAAGUUGUUUCCCCGAAAAAGAUUAAGGCUUUACAAAAAUCUGUAAAAAAUUCUAGAAAUAAUAAAGAUGACGAUGCAGAUAGUAAGGAAAGCGAUGAUCAACUUAAACCAGAAUCUCCGUCACCGUCGACGUCCAUUGAAAACUCAAAAAUGUCAUCAAAAAAUGAUAAUCUCACAAAGAAAACUAAAAAAGAAACCAAGGAAUCAAAAGAUAUGAACACAACUAAAACCAAAAAAGUAGUUUCAAAGAAGCCUGGAAAUGCUGCAAAGAAAAAUAAACCUAGCCCCAAAGUAAAAAAAGCGGCGAAAGAUGUCGUGGAUACGGAAUCUAAAAAAAGCGUUGAUACACCCAAGAAACUUACCAAAAGUCAGAAAUCAAAACAACCCAAAAAAGGAAAUAAUUUGGCAGCAAAAACUAAAAACAUCUCUGAAAACCUGUCGGAAAUCAUUGUAAAACAAGAAAAAAAUAACGACACUGAUUUAUCAGAUAUACCAGUUACUGAAAGUAAAAAAGAUGAUAACACCGAACUUUCCGAUGAACCUUUGACAGAAACACUCGAAUCUAACAAUAAAGAAGAUCAGAAUAAAUGUGAAGUAACUAGUCCAAAAUCAACAACCAUUAUUCUUUCACCAAAGACUCCUAAGUCUGAUAUAGAGAGGCCACCAAAAUUCUUUACAUCUACUAGAUCCCCGAGAACGGUUGAUAUAGAUGUUAAGUGCUGCAAAAAUUCUAAAGGUAAUUUAACAGCAUCAGAACGAUUUCUACCCUUAAAAUGUGAAGCGACGAUUGAUGAUAUCAAGGAGAAAACUUCUUCAAGCGCAUUCGUUGCUCAGGGACCUGAUAUAGAUGUGUAUACAUUCACUGAAAAAGUAGAUUCACCUAAAAACAUUUUGUCGGAUUUUAGAAAUCCAAUAAAUAAAACUGUAGGACGUGUACGACCAAUAGCUCGAGUAAAAGGCACAGUAAUUGACAGAAGAGGAGAGCCUGAGAAAAAGAAAUAUUCACCUCAUAGACCUAUUGAAGAAGUUGUAAAGCAGCUAAAAGCUAGUAAAAAAACUGAAGAAACGAGUACAAGUCAGCAACAACCAAGUACAUGCGAUUUAAAUAGCCAAAGUAGUGUAAUUGAUGAACCGAAACCUAUAGUCAGCAAGUCAUAUAAAAUGGUUGCAAGAAAAUCUAGUGUUACGGGAAAGCCAUUUAGCCCAACUAAGUUUCUGGAGCAAGAAACUUCUGCAAAUAAAAUAUGUGAUGAUGACUCGACAAAUGUGAAGAAAUCAAAAAUUAAGAAACAACUCAAGAAAAAUAUAAUGUCCGAUGAAGAGAUCGAUACCUCAAAAUUUGCCUUAAGUACUACUAUAAAACACUACAGUUCUUCCGAAGAAAGUGUAAGUGAAUCUAACGAUGAUAAUAUAUCAUCAGCAUCGGAUACGCCGAAAAAUAAAAAGGCGAAAAACAAGAAAUAUAAACGAAUAACCGACAGCUUAAAGAAGAAUACAUCUAAAGAACUCAAAGAACUUUCAAAAGAUUCCUUAAUUGAUCUCAAAGAUACAACUAAUUUGUUAGGGAAUGAAAAACCUAGUAAACGACGUCUGAAAUUACUGUCAAUGUGGACCGGUCCCAAAAAACAUAGAAUGGCUUCCCUUAACGCUUUGGCAAAGGUACAUUGCUUGUACGAAAAUGAAAGCAGAAGCCACGUUGAGUUAGGCCUUAUGAGAACUGUAGAGAGGCAACCUAUUCCAGGUACCUCUAAAGCGACAGUUCCAAAAAAGAAGGAAACUAAAUCAAAAGAAUCGGAUAAACAAGAGACCACCUCAGAAUCAGAGUAUGAAAAUAAAAAAGAAAAGGAGAAAGAUAGCUCAGACAGUUCAGACGACAGUCCUCCACAAAGAACUCUAAGAGGUGUACCAGGUAUUAGAAGUGCUGGCAAAUAUUGGGACCCAAAAUCGUCGACUUCCUCAAGUGAAGACAGUGAAUUGGAAUGUAAAACUAAAACGAAUGUCGAAAGAAAGAAAGCUCCUGCUAAAACUGUAACCGUCAAAUCGGAUAACGAAAAACCAUCUCCUAAAAUGAAAAAGACAGCUGGUGUUCCUAUCAAAAAGAAGCGCAACAGAACCGAAGUCGUUAUGGACUUAAGAGACAUGGUGGUUCAAAAACGCAUGGCUAGCUUGAACGCUACAGCAAUUCUAGCAGCUAGCUACGAGAAACGUUCACCAAAAUCUAGUAAGGACGAUACGACUUCUGACUCGUGUAGUGAUGAAUCUUUUUCUCAGAAGCCAAAAAACGUAAUAGAUUCCGGCGUAAAGUCGGAAGUAAAAAAUGAGGAACCAAAAAAGGAAAUUGAGGAUUGCCCACUAUCAGAUAGGAAACAAAAAGUCGAGGUGAUUGUAAAUCAAGACACUGAUGUGACGAUAACAGGGGUUUAUUCGACUCAUCAUCAUGAAGGUUUCUGUACCGUGUCGGGAAUGCAGUACCGUAUUUCUUCGACAAGUCACACUCAGACUACAGCUACAGCUAAUUGCGAAAAGGAGGGAUGCUCCCGAGACGAUGGUGCAAGGUACACACCGCUCUCUGCUCUGUCUUCCAUGCAGCCGCCAGCAGAACACACACACUCACACCCAGUGCCAGAACUCGGUGGACUUGCGCGACGUCCCGGUUGCUCUAGUGCUUUCUCAGCGCCUUCGCCAGCAGCACAUCAUGAUCCAGGUCAGUGCUGCAUUUCCUACUCUAAGUAUGAUGGGAAAAAGUUAUUUAAGUAG